GGUCCCUGGGGGUCCAGCAGAGAGGAGCCAGGAAGCGACCAGAGAAGGAGGUCUUACUCUUUGGGCUGCUCUUCUUCUCUGUGCACGAGCCUCUCUCUCUCUCACCCCCCCCCAAAAAGCCCUGCCAAGCCCCAGCCGCCUAGAUCUCCCCGGAGGAAACUGUUCAGAGGAUGGGCUCUGCCUUGAGCAGCGAUGGGAGGCAAGGGACCCCUGCCACUGUCUCCAGAGGACCCCAAGAGAGCAUCCAGCAGCUCCCUGCGCAACUGGGGAGAGAAGGAGGAGAGAAGCCCCCCCAGGAUCAGCCCCAGAGCCCUUCUUUCGACUGCUCCAUCUGCUUGGAGGUGCUCCACCAGCCCGUCAGGACCCGCUGUGGACACGUGUUUUGCCACUCUUGUAUUGCAACAAGUUUACAUAAUAAUGCAUGGACAUGUCCUUACUGCCGGGCUUAUCUUACCUCUGAAGGAAUUCCAGCCACAGAUAUUACCAACAUGAUGAAAAAUAUAUAUCGAAACUGCACAGAAUGUGAAAGACAGGUGUGCCUCAAUGAAAUGAGAGCUCAUCUGCGGACUUGUGACCAAUAUAUAGAGAAAUAUGGCCCCCUUCAAGAGGUUGCUUAUCCAGAGACAAGAUAUCCUUGUCCUUUCUGUCAGUAUGAAUUGGAUGAAAAUGAUCUCCUGGACCAUUUCCUUACUUAUCAUAGAUCUGAAAGAAGACAAGUGUACUGUCCAAUUUGUCGUUUACUCCCUGGUGGAGGUCCAAGUUAUUACAGCAGGACUUUUAUGAGGCACCUACAGCUCAGACAUACAUUCUAUUACGAAGAAUAUAUAGAUAUUGAUGUAGUAGAAGAAGUUCUCAUUGAAAGAGUUCUAGACCAAUCAUUUCUAGAUUAUGUGCAUGUGAACAGUUCAAAUGUUGUAUAAAGCUACCAAUCAAAAAGAUUGGAGGAAAUGCCAUAUGCAUUGCAUUACAAAUUAAAAUGUUGGUUGUUAAA